ACUUUUAGUUUCACUUAAUGGGACUCUCCUUCGAUAGAUGUCAAUACAGGGUGAUGUCAUUGUGAUAAGUGACAAGGGUUUGUGUACGUGCUUUACUACUCGUAUCACCUCUUCCGCAAAAGACCUGCUGUCAGAAGGCUCCUAUCCAAAAGUAUCUCGGAUUCUGAGUAACAGAUUCCUACCCAAAGAGAAUUUCGACAAAAAUGGCAAGUUUUAUCCAGAUGCUGAGGAAGAGGAAAGAGUUGAUCCCUCUGAUUGGCUUUAUGGCGUUUGCUGCGACAGGAGCAACCUCUGCGGGAAUCUACUUCCUUCUCACCAAACCCGAUGUCAUUUUGAAUAAGACCUACAACCCAGAGCCUUGGGAGAGACUCAAUCCAUCAAAGCCCCAAAAGCUGAUCACUCUAAACCAGCAAUGGAAACCAAUAGAGGCGUUAGAAUUGGUGAAGAGUAUGACCAAGUGAGGUUUCAUCGAGAGACCCAACCGGCCAGAACUACCCUUCACAGGCCUGACCUAAAUCUGACCUUCUUCCAUCAAUCACAUUUCCUGAUUACCCCAUCAGUAUAACAGAAUCCUUUCUGCACAGACUAGAAGCUUUGACAUUUACUGUGCGGAAAUGCUUCUGCUACACCAAUGUGGUUUUUAAUCUGCUUUGUCUUGCUUCUAAUCAAGGACGUCUUCAAGGACGUUUCCAUUGUUCAGUAGUGCUCAAUAUCACCAAGCUGUUGUUGCCAUACAUCAUGUACAUACAAUGGAUUUAAAAAUGUGUAAAAUAUACUGUAUAAAUGUACACCUCUCAACAAUAAAUGUUGUACCGUAGCUAUGAGAACCAAAAAAAAUUGC